AUGGAGAUUACAGCAAUAUCGUUUGUUCUUCCCUUGGCUGUCCUCUUCUUCACAAAUGCUCGCGCCGCCACCUUUACCAUCACGAACAAUUGUCCUUACACUAUAUGGCCGGCAACCUUAACAGGUAGCGGAACUCGGUUGUCCUCAACUGGUUUCGAGUUAGCCAGCAAAGCAGCAUUGCCUCUACAAGUCACUCCUCCAUGGAGUGGCCGUGUAUGGGCUCGAUCUGGUUGCACCACAGACCCUAGCGGCAAGUUCACAUGCGCCACUGCUGACUGCGGUUCUGGUCAGGUCCAGUGUAUUGGUGGUGCAAUCCCACCAGCUUCUCUUGCAGAGUUCACCAUAGCAGCUCCUGGUGGAAAAGAUUUCUUUGAUGUUAGCCUUGUUGACGGCUUUAAUUUGCCUCUUUCGAUAAGCCCACAAGGGAAUCCUGCGUGCAGUAGCACGAGUUGCCCAAGCGAUAUCAACGCUGUUUGUCUGCCGGAACUGGCUGUCAAGGGGGCAAAUGGAGCUGUCGUUGCUUGCAAGAGUGCUUGCUUAGCUUUUGGUCAGCCGCAAUAUUGUUGCACCGGUGAUUAUAAUUCGCCGGAAAAGUGUCCUCCGACAAGUUAUUCAAAAUUUUUCAAGAGCCUGUGUCCUCAAGCUUAUAGUUAUGCUUUUGACGAUAAAAGUAGCACAUUUACGUGUGAUGGAGCUAAUUACCUUAUUACAUUUUGUCCAUGA